UAUAUACGGACACGAAUGUUAUUUUCACAAUGGCUACUCCAAUCCACAUUAAUAUAUUUUAUAUUUUGGACAUUUGUAAUUUUAUUACCUAUUUAUUGCUUAAAAAAUAAUUUCGGAGAAAAACUGGAACAAAACUACAUUAAAGACAAAGACAGAUUUAACGGGUCUUUUAUUAGAAAUCAGGCAAAUAAUGAUGAAGCUCAAAAAUGUUUUAUUUCACCACUCACUUCCAACAUUUCCCCAACUAACCAUCAACUCCGUCGCCACCAUCGUUGGAAAAGGGCUCCAGCGGUUUGGGGCGAUCCAGCUCCAGAUUAUUCUUUAGCAGCAUUAGAUCCUCACAUAAAUAUUUAUUUGUAUGCUCUUAUUUUUGUUGAUUUAAAAACGUCUGAUCACUACAGACGCGAGCAUGUAAUCGUUAAACGCGAGUAUUUUUAUCAAAUAAAUCUCCGUUUAAUUGUUGUCGAUGUUUUGGAGACAUUCCGGGAUGACUUGUCACUUUACACUUUCGAGCUUUACCGUAAUUCAAGAAUGGCACAACUUCCUUUUCAUGAUUUUGCUGUUUUAAUUAGUUAUCGUUAUGCGGGAGGACUUGCUUUUGUUGGGGGAAUGUGUAAUUCUAAGAGUGUAAUGCUUGCUGGGUUUUAUCCUCACAACCCAGAAGCAAUGGCUUCUAUAUUCUUUCAUGAAGUAGCUCAUCUUAUUGGAGUCCCACACCGUCCAGAAAACGAAACUUUGAAUGUUCCAAAUUGUGCUUGUAAUAAUUUAAAUAAUCCAGAAAAACUGCGGCUUCAAAAUAAAAGAGAAAAUAAGGAAGGAGAGAAAAAAUUGGAAAGCAAUGCUAUGCUUGAUAGGCGUAUAUCUGGAGGGUUCAGUGACUUUUGCGCCGAGAACAUUUGCGCCGCGACUUAUGCGCCGCGACUUUUGCGCCGCGACUUAUGCGCCGAGCGACUUUUGCGCCGGGGGACUUUUGCGCCGCGACUUUUGCGCCGGGCGACUUUUGCGCCGCCACUAUCAUUAAAAAUAUAUCAAUAA